CAUCACGAGACUGUACUUCAUAGACUCGUGCUUUUUUUAAAGGAAAAACGUCGGUGAAUUAGAUUAAAACUAUAGUCACUCAUCACUUUCAGAAUGUCUCCUAAAACGAACUGUUCUUCAAUCCCGACCCGGGAUCACUUCUUUGGGAUUUCUGAAGACGAGGGUACCUCCUUAACUUUUGACUCUGAAAGUUUGCCCUCCUCUCCGGUCACAUCGCCUUCCCCAUCUGAUCUGGCUGACAGUUUCGCCUCAGCGGACGAGACCUCCGGGGAAACAGCGGACGUGUAUGGUGGGGUUACCCAGGGACCCCAGCAGAAGACACACAAGGCGAAGAGGGGGCGCGCCAAGGCCAAGGGCGAAGGCGUGGUGACGAAACAGAAGAAGAAUCGCCGAGUGAAAGCGAAUGACAGAGAGAGGAACCGAAUGCACAGCCUGAAUUCUGCUUUAGACGCACUGAGGAGCGUCCUGCCCACCUUCCCGGACGAUGCCAAACUCACCAAGAUUGAAACUCUCAGGUUUGCCCACAACUACAUCUGGGCUCUCACUGAAACCCUGCAGAUGGCAGACCAGUGCUUGCUUCUUCCAGAGCACCAGCAAACCAGAGAAGCAUUCUUGCAAAUGCCCAGCGCGUGCACGAUGGAGCUCGGCAGUUCGCCCAGCGCCCACUCCUCAGAAUGGGACUCAUCGGCUUAUUCGCCCGCGUCCCAGGACACCGGCAGCCACAGCCCCGACGGGUCGAUGGAGGAAGCGUUUCCAUGCUACCUCCGAAACCCCAGCUGCAGCGCCAGUCUACACAGUAUCCACACCGUGCACAGCCCUGCCUUCCCAGCGUUUAAUUAGAACCAUGGCCACUCUUCUUCUCCGCAUCCACUUUCCUCUAUGAGUUAAUUUAUUAGAAACUCAGAAACAGAGUUCAAGAUAAAAUGUCAGCCUUAUCUUUGCCCAAAAUCUCAAGACACUUGUCCGAAGGGACGCUCUUUGAUAACGUCUUUACUCUGAUAGCUGUAUUGUGUGUUCGGACGUGUACUGUGCAUGUCUUGAGCAUGCAUGUGUUUUGAUGGGGUUUUUUUUUGCCAGUAAUGUCUUAUUGAUUAUCGUUCACUUUGCCUUAACUUUGUUGUUUUCUAUCUAAAUGCACUUUUAUAUGUCUUUGAUUGUUUUAAUAGCAUAGCUAUGACACAAAUGAAGAACAGAGCCGAGACUAAUAAUAUGUAGAUUGUUUUUGGUUUUGUAUUUGAUUUGAUUUUUUUUUAAUCGUUGAGAUUGUGGAAAGGUCUUGUGAAUGAAUAAUAUAGGUCUUCUGUGAGGAGCAACAAAUCGGUGGUCUCUUGUCAAUUUCUAGGGCAUUUUUGUACUUAAAAGGGGGUAAUUUAUGUAAAUCAUCGUUGUAUAUUUAUUAAAUAAUAUUUCAAUAUAAGUAUAUAUUUUCUAUAUAAGAUUAUUCUUUCACUGUCUGGGAUGGUUUUUCUAAAA